ACGAGUUUGUACUUUGUCCAUAGAAAUUAUAACUUAAUGUUAGGUUAUGUUGUCAAAUAAAUUUAAAAUCCCUUGCUUUAACAUAAAUAAUAUGAAAACAAUUUGAUUGAAUGCUUCAAAUGAUAUAAACCUCCCAUCAAGAUAUUAGUGUUACAUGAUUAAGACUACUGAAUACACUUGACAAUGCAGCCUAUAAAAAUAUUUCACAGAUUUUUCAGAACCGGUGCUACACAUUUUAAAAAACAGUUAUAUGAGAAAAAAGACAGGCACUGUUUGAUAACCUGUAAAAAUUCGAAGCUAAACCAUUAUUUAGAUACGAGAUACAGCAAUGUAGAACCUGUACCGCUUGCUUCGAAAGGAUGGAACCAUCCUAAAUCUAAAGGAGAUUAUUUCAUGAUCAAUCCAAUCGAAGAUGUAGAUGAACAUAAGAGGCCUAAUAUACCAUUCAGUGAAUGCAAUAUUAUGCCGGAAUUAGUAAAAACCUUGGAAGCAGAGGGUAUCAAGUAUGCAACUAAAUUUCAAGCUGAAGCUAUGCCUGAAUUGUUUCAAGGUAAUCAUGUUUUAAUCGGGGCAGAAACUGGAUGUGGAAAAACUAUAUGUUAUUUACUCCCAUUAUUACAAACGAUAUCCACUAUGAAAGAUAGUACUGAAGCUUUGAAUUCUCCUCGGGUACUCAUACUGGUGCCAAAUAGGGAACUGGCUUAUCAAGUUGGGGAGAUGGCUAAAAUCCUAUCCAAGCCCUUAGAUUUGAAAGUUAAGAUUCUAACUGGAGGUAGAACAAAAAAAUACAUGAUGAACCCAGAAUUUGAAAAAAUCGAUGUGAUGGUUGCAACACCAGGUGCUAUUGGAAAAUUAUCAACUGUGGGAAUUUACAAAUUGCAAAAUGUUCAACAUACAGUUUUAGACGAGGCUGAUACCUUAACAGACGACAGUUUUGAUGAGAGAGUAAGCGGUAUCCUUAGAAAAGUGUCACAGUCAAGAAUUAUCUUAGUAUCAGCAACUUUACCGAAAUAUUUACCUGAUAGCUUAAAACCAAUUGAACCAAAUUUAGUGGAGGUUAUCUCACCGGAAAUUCACCGACCUUUACUCCAUGUAUCGCAAAAGUUCUUGAGGAUACCGAGGAGUGGCAAAGUCAGUCACUUACUUCAAAUAGCCAAAGCGAAUAAAGAUCCACUUUUGAUAUUCACUAAUCGAAACGACACCUGCAACUGGGUGGCCAUGUUCUUGAGGGAGAACGGUGAAAUGUGUUCGAAUAUCAAUGGGGACAUGAAUUACGCCAUACGGAUUCAACAAUGGAGCGACUUUGUGGAGGGCAGGACGCGCAUACUCUCGGCUACGGAUGUGGGCUCGAGGGGCUUAGAUACUGUACAAAUAAGACACGUUGUGAAUUACGAAUUUCCACUGUAUGCUGCCGAUUAUUUGCACAGAAUUGGUCGAGUAGGACGGAUCGGCAGUCCACGAAAUUGUAAAGUUACUAACCUCUUAUGCGGUGGGCAAGAAAUCGAGCUUGUACAGCAAAUCGAGCUUGCACUAAGAAGGGGACAGGCUCUCACCAAUGUAGACGGAAACAUAACAAAUGUGAUACAGAGGAAAUUUUUCAGGAAGAACAGAGAUGUUGUAUAAGUUUCAAAUUGUAAAAAAUAAAGUAAACUUAGCCAAAAU